AUGGCAAUUAUAAAAUUCGUAAAUGUCAACUUUUUAAUUGUCGCAAAAAUUUCAGUCAUAUUUUCUUAUUAAAAUUACGUGAAUCAAAUAUUAAAUAAAAAACUCGGGCAGCACAUCGAUAUCAGGGACAGGUGUUCGCCGCGUAUCGGUCGUUUCGGGCUGUGGGAAUAAGUUGUUUGUGUUGGCGCGUGGGACGGCUUCAUAAAUGAAUAAUGUCUCUGAGGUCGAAGGCGCUGGCUCUGGUGGAGGUUCUGCUGCGAGUGCCGCCGCUGUUUGUGGUGGAUGAGUUUCUGAAGAUCAGCCUGGGGCUGCCGGUGUCGGGCGGGGACGAGGUGACGCUGCUCGGCAAUGUGUCCAUCGACCACGUAGAUAUGCCCGACUCGGAAACCUACUACGACGCGAACUUUUACAAUGCUUUCGUGUUCACACUCAUGAAGUUCCUCGUAUGCUGUCUAGGAUGUAUGUCAGCGUUGUGCAUAUUCGUGCUGUACACGAAACACCUGAUCAUCGUGUAUCUGUACCUCAUGUCCGUGGGGCUGGUCUUCGUCUCCUACUGGACUAACGUGUCCGCCAUCAAACAAGUCCAGGCGCUCACGCUCGCCGCGACGUCCCCACACCACUCCACUAGCAUCCUCGAAGACAUCCUCAACCUAAACACCAAGAAUCUACUUGAUCUCGACGGCCCAGGCAUACUAGUUAUCCAGAACUUUGCUAUACAGUUCACAUUAGCCUUACUCUUCAAGAAUGUACACUUAGGUCCUCGCCAUGCGACUGUUCAGAAGCUCCUACCGGUCAGUUUCAUGGCACCGUCCUUUUUGGCUAUGCUCCCGGUCCCGCCCAAUUUACUUCAUCAUUCGCCCGUGUUUUCUACUCUGCUGCCACUUUUCCUAGUCAAAUACGUGCUCUGGUCUUCAGCGGAUAAUGUUAUACACGUAAUUUACGCAGGCAUCCAGCAUGGCAGGCUAUUUGUGAGCAACUAUGGACUUUCCGCCCUUGUUGAGACUGAAUGGAUGCGAUUAAAUGUUCCUUGCGUGCUCCGCGUGUUUUGGGUGCUUCGCGUCGCCGAGCACGCGAUACUACUCCUUAUGGACAACUAUGACGAGGAGGCCGAUGAAGGCCUCCGAGUUUCAACCCUCCUAGCCGUCCAAUCGCUAGCAUCGAUGGCCAAAUCUCUACUCGUAACCGGCUGUGAGACAAUAACCGCCGUCCUUGGCAUGACUUCAGUGAUCUCAUUCUUUUGCCACUACAUUGGAAACUUUUUCCAGUGGAUAUUACUAACCGACGAAGAAGAGGACAAAAGUAUUGGCACAGUAUCCGCUAUACUGUUCUACAUACUGGCUCUGCAGACAGGACUGACUUCCUUAAACCCUGAGAAAAGAUUUAUCAGAUUAUGCAGAAACUUCUGUCUCUUAUUCACCGCUUUGCUGCACUUUCUGCACAACAUUGUGAACCCAAUGCUGAUGUCUUUAAGCGCGUCGCAUAACCCAAGCAUGCACAGACACGUCAGAGCUUUAGGAGUCUGUGCUUUUCUUAUAAUAUUCCCAAUAUCGUUACUGGUGUAUCUGUGGUCGCAGCACUCCGUCUCAACCUGGCUGCUCGCCGUGAGCGCUUUCAGCAUAGAGGUGAUAGUCAAAGUUGUGGUCAGUCUGAUGAUAUACUCAUUAUUCUUAAUCGACGCGUAUAGAAGCACUUUCUGGGAACAACUUGAUGACUAUGUCUACUAUAUCAGAGCUUUUGGCAACACCAUAGAGUUUUGCUUUGGGAUUUUCUUGUUUUUCAACGGAGCGUGGAUUUUGCUGUUUGAGUCCGGAGGGGCGAUCAGAGCGGUGAUGAUGUGUAUACAUGCAUACUUUAACAUUUGGUGCGAAGCUCGCGCGGGCUGGUCCGUUUUCAUGAAGCGUAGAACCGCUGUUAAUAAGAUUAACUCCCUCAGAGAGGCAUCCGCAGACCAGUUGGACACUCUGGACGACGUCUGCGCGAUCUGCUACCAGGAAAUGCACUCGGCAAAGAUCACACGCUGCAACCAUUAUUUCCACGGAGUGUGUUUGAGAAAGUGGCUCUACGUCCAAGACCGGUGUCCACUGUGUCACGACAUACUGUAUAAGAUAGACAGUGACAUAAACAAAGACUCGGACCAGGGUAAUGAGGAGAACAGCAACAACCAGAACUUGCUGCUGGAAGAAGAACCUGAACUGAUCCUAGGCGAGGACGUGAGGUGACUCGACGGCCAAAAUAUACGACCUAUAAAUUAGAAAAAU